ACAAGGUUAUUCAGUAUCCAGUGUUCAGCUCGAGACUUUCGUCGUCAGGAGGUCAGGAGUCUGUGAUUAUUGAGGUCACAAUGGAUCAAGCCAGGACAACCAUCUCCAAAAUUUUCAAUGGGGAACCACGUUCCUACACGCGCUUUAACCUGACCCAGAACAUGGAGGGCGACAACAGCCAUGUGGAGAUGAAGCUGUCGUCUGACAUGGAUGAAGAGGUAGAGGCGAACGGUGUUGGGGAAAACCAACGCAAUGGUCAAUAUUACCCCAGCAAGCUGAACCAGCGCUCUCCCAAAACUGUCUGCGGAUUCGUCGUUGGCAUUCUGCUCCUCUUCCUUUUUGGAUACCUCAUUGGUUACAUGUCUAAUAAAAGCACAGGCAAAACUGAAAUCAAGACGGAUUGUCCCGUGUUUAGUGAGAUAGCUCCGGUGAGACCAGAAGUCGCUGUUUCGUUGGACUGGAGUGAUCUCAGGGCAUUGCUUAAAAAAAAACUGACAACUGAAAACAUUAACAGCAACUUCAAGGAGUUUUCUAGUCUCAGUCACCAGGCGGGAAGUUCAGGUGAUGAGAUGCUUGCUAAUAAAAUCAUGGGGAAAUUCAAAACAUUGGGAAUGAAGCCCUGGACCGACGAGCACUAUGUGAAAGUCCACGAUCCCGGUGCAUCAAAUAACAGAGUGCUCUUCCGUAAUAAUGUGGUGGGAACAACCGAGGGAUAUCUGGCCUACAGUGCUAUCAAAACAGCACAGGGCGCAGCUCUGUAUGCUCAUUAUGGACGGGCAGAGGAUUUCAGACGCCUGCAAGAGGUCAGUGCUGAUGUGAGUGAAAAGGUGGUUUUGGUCAGAGCUGGACUGCUCAGUUAUGCUGAAAAGGUUGCGAAUGCUGCUAGCUUGAAUGCUAGUGCCGUGCUGAUUUACCCAGAUCCUGUUAACUACCAAAUUAAAGACAACACUGCUCUUUUUGGCCACGUCCAUCUUGGCACUGGAGACCCCUACACUCCAGGUUUCCCCUCGUUCAAUCAUACUCAGUUUCCACCGGCUCAGUCUUCCGGCUUGCCCAGCAUCCCAGCACAAACCAUCACCACCAAACAGGCUUCUGAGAUCAUGAGUAAGCUAGGUGGUCGAAGUUCCCCAAGAGAAUGGAGUGAUGGGAUGCUCGCGGACACUCAGUACCUCCUCGGCGAUAAAGACGACAUCAUCACGGUGGAAGUCAACAAUGUCCUCGUUCAGAAAAAAAUCCACAAUGUGUUUGGAGUCAUUAAAGGUUAUUUGGAUGCAGAUCGCUACUUGGUGAUCGGGGUACAGAGAGAUGCAUGGGGUCCCGGAUUUGCCAGAAGCACAGUUGGCACUAGUUUACUGGUGGAGUUGGCCAGAACUAUGACAGACAUGAUUAAGAAUGAUGGAUUCAAGCCAAAGAGGAGCAUAGUUUUUGCAAGCUGGAGUGCUGGUGAAUUUGGAGGUGUCGGAGCCACCGAGUGGUUGGAGGGUUACCUGAAUUCCUUGAAUAUGAAGAUGUUUUCUUACAUCAGCCUCGAUGACCUCAUUUCAGGUUCGGACUCUUUCAAAGCCGCUGCCAGUCCACUGCUCUAUGAUUUACUGGAGAGCACAAUGAAGCAGGUCUCAUCUCCUACCGAUUCAACCAAAUCCUUGCAUGAACAAUUUGCAGGAUCCAACUGGGAGAAGUCUGUAAUUGAGCCCAUGGGUUUGUCUCACCCAUCUUAUCCGUUCCAGACCUUCUCAGGCAUCCCGUCUCUGUCAUUUCGAUUUUUUGCAAAUUCAAGGUUUUACCCGUUUGGUACAUUUGAGGAUACCAAUCAGAAUCUAGAUCAGUUCACGUCCCGCAAGACUUUGGCGCUGGCCAAGGCGGCCGGUGAAGUGGCAGGAUUGGUCACUCUUCGACUGGUGCAUGACCACUUGCUCAAGCUCAAUGUGGCAAAGUACACCACCAUCAUCCGCAGCUACGUGUCCCAGAUCAGGUCUAAAGUUGAAUCACGCCAAAUGUCUGGUCGCCUUCCUCCAACGUUGACAAUGCAGUGGCUUCUGUCAGCUCAGGGUUCAUAUGAUCGUGCUGCCAGCGCUCUUACUUCUGCCAUCCGAAACAGCGAUCUUGACGACAUGGAGCAGUGUCGCAUCAUCAACAAUCGCAUUAUGAGGGUGGAAGGCAGUCUGCUCUCUCCAUACGUGUCUCCCCGUCAGACUCUGUUCCGGCACAUUCUGCUGGGCUCUGGCUCGCACACGCUGGCAGCUCUGCUGGAUCACCUCGAAGCCAUUAAAGGAGGCCUGGAAUCUGCUGACAUCGACCAGUUCAAGAACCAGUUCGCUCUCGCCACCUGGACCAUCCAGGGCUGUGCCAAUGCGCUGGCAGGGGAAGUCUGGGAUUUGGAUAAUCAAAUUUAGAUUCAGCUCACCUCUUUAGGUUUACAACUGUUUUCCAUCAGUCAAGACAAUACAAAACAUGAUAAUGGUGCUCUAUUUACAUGAAUUUUAUGGUUAGGUUUAGCUCACUAUUUAAAGCAGUAGUUGACCAAAAAGUCAUAAUUGAUCAAUAAUUCAAGAAUUUAUUCUGUGGUACACAAAAAAGGAUUAUUUGAAUGUACUAGUUGCUGAUUCCCAAGAAGUUAUUUGAGCUUCCAAGCCUCAAAAUUACGUCAAUUAUUAUAAAAGUAUUUCAUAUCAUUAAUUUGUCCUCUAAAUACUUAACAUGAAUAUGUUUCUUUCGAAUGAGGUCAAUGUACAAAAAAAGUGGGUUAAGUAUAUCCCUUUACAGUAGUCCACCGUAAUUAACAUUUGAAGUGAAUCAAACAUUUUUAUCGAAAUUGUCCCAUUACAAGAAAUAGGUGUUGUUCGGUUUUAUUGGGACACUUUUGAUGAAAGGUUUCAGUCCACUUCAAAUGUUGACUACUGUAGUUUAUUAAAUAAAAAAUUUCAGUCUUAACAGUACGCAUGUAAAAAAAAAAAAAGGCUAGACAUGUUAGACAAUCAAGCUGCGUCCCAAAUCAUAUACUACUCGAGAAGUUACUACAUUUGAAUUUGAACAUUGACUGAAGUAUGAAUGGAAUUGGGACGUACUACAUUCACUCCCAUUCAUAUAUUCUAUUGCGUGACCUCACGGCAUAGCGUAGCGUCCAUUGGAUGCGCACUUCAGAAUCUCAGCGAAAUUCAAUUUCAAUGUUUUUCAGUACUAUGUAUUCGUACGUACUACACUUCUCACAUACUGUUUUUCACAUACUACAAAGUAUGAAAGUAUGCAAUUCCAGACACGGCCAAUGACAUUUUAAAUUUUCUAACCAAGCACAGUAUUUUUCACAUUUUCCAGCAGGAUACACUUAUCCAGGAGCAUUUCCGAUCAGAUGAAAUAAACGCUUCCUGUAUUUAUUAGUAUUUAUUAGUUUUUUUAUUUAUCAGUGACAGGGAUCACUAUAAAUAGCAUUUUGUAACGCCUUUUUUUAAACAAAUGUAUAAUUAUCGGAAGCAGUGCCUUCCAUAAUUAUGACAGUUAUACUGUCGAAAUAUGAAAGCAGCAUCUGCUACGGAGAAAACCUUGUUUUUAAAAGCUGUGACCAGAGACUGACACCGAUUCUUUCUUUAAAUUAAUACAAGCUAUUUUGAGAAAAUGUCUUUUAGGCCUUGUCCACAUGAACACGAGUAUUUUCAAAACCACAGUUUUUUUGCUAUGCAGAUUCGCUGUUUGUCCACACAAAAAUGAAACCGAAAACUCUGGCCAGGGUGGAGAUUUUCCGAAACUUCAGGAACAGUGCGAACAGAACUGAAAUUGGAGUUCAGCCUCAUAACGGCAGCAUGCACAUUAGUGGUGUAACGGAUCACAAAUCUCACUGUUCGGAUCACAUUAUGGUUUUUAGUCACAGAUCGGACCAUUUUUCGGAUCAUCCAAAAAGGGAGACGACAAAUGUCAUUUGCUUUCCAUUUAUUACAGAAACAGCACUGCAAGACACUCUCAGUUUUAACAAACAGAACUUAGAAACUGUAAUUUUAUUAAAAAAUAAUAUGAAGAAAUAAUCAGCUGAAUAACAACUAUUGAAGGAAUACUACUACUGUUGCUGAUAACGCUAAAUGUAGAAAUCUAAUAUAAUUAGUACAACCUAAAUUUAUUUUUAGUCUCAUUUCAAUAAAUGAUUCAGUUCUUCACUCAUAAAUCUUCAUGUUUCAUUGCUAGAUGAUCAUUUUUGAAGAAUUAUUCAGUGACAUAUUUUUGAUGGCUGGUUGUCGCCACCUAUUGGUUAAAUAAUGUAAUUGCUGCCUACAACUUUCAUUUUUGAGCGUCACUUUUUAAAUGCAAAUGAUGAUAAUUUAAUCUUUAUCAUAAACAUCAGUGGUUUUAUCUGAACUAUAAACAGUUUUCCCAGUGUUUCUGUGUUAUUUGACUGUUUGUAAACUAAAGACUGAAUCUCUUUCUUGAUAUUUGCAUUUGUCAAACACAGAUUUGAAUGCAGCGAUUCGAAGGAUUAAUAAACAUGCAAAUCACCAUCAUUUAUAAUUUAUGCUGCGUGGGUGUUGAGAUCCCGAACUUUUAAUGUUUAAUCGUGCAGAUGCAUUAUUGCAGGCUAAACUAGUAGUGACAGAAAACACCUUUAAUAACCUAAGAAACCCACCACAUGCCAAAAACCCACCAAAACUUCUUCCGUCAUCAUUAUAUUUUACAGGAAAACCUAAAUGCUUUAAUACAGGUGAUUUAAUUGACGAUCUCUCAAAAAAUGUAUGACUUCACAGGUCACGUGUGUUCCAAACUGGGUUGUGGUCUGUACAAAUCACGGAUCAACCAUGAUCCCUUACACCCAUAAUGCUCACAGUUUUCUCCUUUCUGAUUGGCCAACGUGACAAGAAUGGGGGAAAUUCCGCUCGUUCACGGCAAACACAACGCAAUAUUCUGUGCUGUGCGCAUUGCGGCACAUCAGCCUCUGUUCUAACGUUUGCAUUUUCCCAUUUGGUGUGAAACCAGCACACUCAAAAAAAAGUUUUUUUUAUUUGGGACAACUUAAUUAUUCCAACUUGAUCCACUUAAAUUGGUAAACUAAAACGUUAAAUCCUAAAUGUUGUCCCAACACAAAUCGAUUGUCCCUCUUGGAUCGGCAUGCCCUUUAACAUCCAUCCAUUUUCAUGCGGACAGAGAUUCUUUUUAAAAACGAAAGCAGGGAAAAUGACCUGUGUAUGUGUGGACAUGGCCUAAGUCUCUGGUAUCCUCCUUUUGAAUCAAUGUUAUACCUGAUCCAGAAUCAUUAUCGGGAGCAGUGUCUUCCAUAAUGCGAAGAAGAUGAUGGUAGUUUUUGCCUACCGAUGUGCUGAUAUCGAGGGCAGUGCCCCUCAUAUUUCACUGUGGCGUGGAUGUAAUUAUCGGGAACAGUGUUUCCCAUGAUGAUGUACAAAUCGUCUGUAUUCACACACUCUUGCCAUACUAUAGUUCUCUGUUGUGAGUCAGUUUCUCAUUACCGAUCAAGCGCUGUUGCCUUCUUCUGCCUUGGAUUGAUCAAAUAUGGAGUGGAGACUCCAUAAGAUCCUUUUAUAAGCUUCUAGAAGAUUCUGUUCUGUUAUUAUUAUUACUCGGUUUUCGUAUUUCGUUUGUUUCUGGUGCAGUAUUGACUUAUUUGUGCCUUGUAGAUUAAGAUGAAGCUUACCUCUUUUCUCUGUGUGUAUUUAACUUCCUUCAGAUUGUAUUGAUCUCCAUCAAACAGAGUAAGUUAUGAAGCUGUUUAGCUAGUUGGAUUUAAAGGGAUAGUUCACCCAAAAGAUAUUUCAACGCUAUCUUAUGGCCAUUCGUAACUUUGAUUUAGUGGCUAAUUCGUAACUUUGAUUUAGUGGCUAAUUCGUAACUUUGAUUUAGUGGCUAAUUCGUAACUUUGAUUUAGUGGCUAAUUCGUAACUUUGAUUAAGUGGCUAAUUCGUAACUUUAAUUUAGUGGCUAAUUCAUAACUUUGAUUUAGUGGCUAAUUCGAAACUUUGAUUUAGUGGCUAAUUCGUAACUUUGUUUUAGUGGCUAAUUCGUAACUUUAAUUUAGUGGCUAAUUCAUAACUUUGAUUUAGUGGCUAAUUCGGAACUUUGAUUUAGUGGCUAAUUCGGAACUUUGAUUUAGUGGCUAAUUCGUAACUUUGAUUUAGUGGCUAAUUCGUGACUUUGAUUUAGUGGCUAAUUCGUAUGAAUUCGUACGAUCUCAUUCAUAUAUUUUGUUGGAUUUGCUCAUCUCACAAUGAUGGAUGGGUUUAGGGGCAGGGUUUGGUGCCACGCCUCCUUUUAAAAAUCUUACAUUUUUGUACGACUGAACUCGUACGAACGAGCAACUAAACUGACAAAACGUAAAAUAGUUAUGUUUCCUCGUAUGCUCAGGCUGGAUAUUUUCUCACUAUUUACUCACAUCGAGUUUCCUUUUGAACACAAAACAAGAUAUUCUGAAGAAAAAGCAGCCACUGAUAUGUAAUUCGAACCGAAAAUACUCAAGUCACUGAUGUUUUUAUUUAUUGUUCAGUAUAUUAUUGUGUUUAACAGAAAAAGGAAACUCAGCCAGGUUUGGAACGAGUAGAGGAUGAGUAAAUGAUGACAGAAUCUUCAUUUUGGGGUGAAAUAUCUCUUUAAUAAUUCUUUAUGGUGCAGUUAUAUAAUAGCAUGAGAUGGGAACUCUGUAAGAUUUUAUUAAGAGCUUCUAGAAGAUUAUUGUCUGUUCUGUUAUUACUCGGUUUUCGUAUUUCGUUUGUUUCUGGUGCAGUAUUGACUUAUUUGUGCCUUGUAGAUUAAGAUGAAUCUUACCUCUUUUCUCUGUGUGUAUUUAACUUCCUUCAGAUUGUAUUGAUCUCCAUCAAACAGAGUAAUGGCACAGUCACACCAGAGUUUGAGCAUGCGAAAUUCUGUCGUACGCCGCUGCGAAACGGGGCGGGAUUAAACAAGAUGUUUAGACAUUUAAAAAAGCGAGCGAUUGGUUCAUAUUUCAUAGAGGUCUUGUUUUGAUCAUCGAUUGGUCUCACGCAGUCACGUUAUGCGAUUUCACAGGUCAGAGUUCACCGAGCUUGACCUUUGCAACGCAGCGAACUGCGAAACUUGCGGCACGACCUUGCGUUUCCGGUCUGACGCAUUCACGUGCGUAUGAAUGGAAGUCUAUGGGGAGAAAAGUCUAGUGUGACCGCAGCUUUAGUUAUGAAGCUCCGAUUCAUAACUCAUAUAGAAUGCUAGUUGGAUUUAAAGGGGUAGUUCACCCAAAAAUAAGAUAUUUAUAUUUAUAUCUUAAAUAAGAACGCUAUCAUACAGCAAUUCGGAACUUGGAUUUAGUGGCUAAUUCGUAUGAAUUUGUACGAUCUCCUUCAUAUAUUUUAGUAGGAUUUGCUCAUCCCCAAUAAUGGAUGGGUUUAGGGGUGGGGUUUGGUGCCACGCCUCCUUUUAAAAACCGUACAUUUCUGUGCAACUGAAUUCAUUUUGGGGUGAAAUAUCUCUUUAAUAAUUCUCUAAUGGUGCAGCUAUAUGAUAGCAUGAGAUAGGAACUCUGUAAGAUUCUAUUAAGAGCUUCUAGAAGAGCUACUUGGUUUUCGUAUUUCGUUUUGUUCUGUUUCUGGUGCAGUAUUGACUUAUUUGUGCCUUGUAGAUUACCAUUUGUUUUUCUUUCUUUUUUUGUUCCUUUCUUUGUGUGUCUGUAACUUUAUUCCGAUUGUAUUCAUUUUCUUCAGAGUAAAUUACGAUGUUUUAAUAUGGUAAUUCACCAAAAGAUGGAAAUUUCCUCACAUUUUAAGGGAUAGUUCACCCAAAAAUGAACAUUUACUCACUAUUUACUCCACUCUUAAAUUUCUGUGUUCUAUUAAACACAAAAGAAGACAUUUUAAAGAAAUCUGAAACCCCCGUAAUAUUAAGCUUUCCUUAAAAUAUCGUCAUUUGUGUUCAGAAGAACAAAGAAGUGUGAGUAAAUGAUUCCAUUUUUUGGUGAACUGUCCUUUUCAUAUUUUCCGUAUGGUGCAGUUAUAUCAUGGCUGUCAGAUGAGAGAUUAAAAUGAUAGUUGUAGUUGGAAAAUAUUUAUUUUACGGAUUCAAAAAACUUUUAAAUAUUUCCUGUUGAAACAGAAGCUAUAUAAUGUGGAAUAUAUGGAAAUGAGACUUAAAUAGUAUCCUUCAAAGUCAGUUUGAUGAUUGUUCAUAAAUGCAUAUCUUGUCAAAUGUUUCUAAAGCUUGCUGUUGCGUCGGUAGUGGUUUUAUUGUAGACACACUUCAUUUACUUCAUGCACUGAAUCUCAGUUUUAUUUUGAUGUCCGCAAGUGAUUAAUAAAAAAGUUUGAAUAACUGGUUUAAA